AUGGAGAAAUUGAGAAGAGUGUUAAAUGAGAUAGCCUAUGCUCACACUCUUUCUCACCUCCCUCCACUUCACCGUUCUCUGGUCCCUUUCCUUUCCAUUGCCUCUACACUCUAUAAACUUCUCCUCUCACUUCGCGGCUCACUUUACCAACAUCGCUUCUUUCAGGUCCAACGUUUGCCAGUUGGUGUGAUCAGCGUUGGUAAUUUGAGUUGGGGAGGCAAUGGGAAGACGCCCAUGGUGGAGUUCAUUGCUCUCUGCUUUUCACGUAACGGAAUUUCACCCCUCGUUCUUUCCAGGGGUUAUGGUGGUGGGGAUGAAGUCAACAUGCUUCGGAGGCAUUUGCUUGGGACACCAACUAAGUUUGGUGUUGGUGCUAAUCGAGCUGCUGUUGCAAGUCAUUUUAUCCAAAAAUAUGGCUACAUUGAUAUUUGUAAGAGUUCAUGGCAUGAGAAACAAUACCUUGAACUAAAGGUCCAGGGUUCUCUUGAUUCAGAAAAAAUUGGGGUUGUAGUUCUUGACGAUGCUAUGCAGCAUUGGAGCUUGUGGAGAGAUUUGGAUAUUGUAAUGGUUAAUGGAUUAACUCUUUGGGGUAACCUUCAACUGCUGCCCCGUGGACCAUUAAGGGAACCUUUGACUGCUCUUAGACGAGCUGAUGCAGUUGUAAUCCAUCAUGCAGACUUGGUCUCUGAGCAUACCCUCAAGGAUAUUGAAUCAAUGAUCCUAGGGAUUAAAAAGUCUGUUCCUAUUUUCUUUACAAAAAUGGAUCCAACUUACUUAUUUGAGGUGGGAAUUAUCAAUGUCAAAAUACCAUUGACGGCUAUUCAUGAAGCUACUAUAUUAUGUGUUUCUGCUAUUGGCUCCGCGGAGCCUUUUGUGAAGAAGAUUCAGAAGAUGGGAGCACUUUAUGUUGAUCGAAUAGAUUUCAGUGAUCAUCAUAUAUUCCAUUCCGAGGAUAUUGAGGUAAUUAGAGUCAAACUUGGAGAACUAGAGGGGAAGUUUGGUUCCAAACCAAUUGUUGUAAUAACUGAGAAGGAUUAUGAUAGGGACCCUGAAAUUCUUAAGCAAUUGUAUCCAUUUAAAGUUUUUGUUCUCUGUUCUGCAUUGAAGUUUCUGCCCUAUAGAGGAAGCACAGAAGAUAGCUUUAAGAAAUUUCUGAAGGACCAUUUAAAAUUAGAAUGGCCUCUAGCACGUUAA